UUYCUCGACCUGCCAGAAGAGAGACAGAAGGCCUUAAAGCUUAUUAAUAUAUAGACGAUGAAAGUAGGGUUGUCAAAGCGCGCUUUCUGUUUAUAGGUAAUAUUACAGUCUUUCUCACGAUGAUCAUAGAAAAUGUCGAAGCUCUGAAGUCGUGGCUGGCAAAACUCCUGGAGCCAAUAAACCGUUGGAUUUGUCGAUAAGCUUUUUGAAUCGCUGACAACAAAGAACUACCUGGGAAAUCCUGCUGCCAAGGAACCUCCAAAGGAAGAGGUUAAACCACCUGCAGUCAAAACUGAUGUCGUUGAGACUGAAACUCCAGAGGAGGAAAGAGAAAACAGGCGCAGGAGAAGCCCCCUGAGAAACCGCUCUGACUUUAACGAAUCCAGGAGCCGCGAUGACAGGAGGCGGGACGACCGCAAGCGGCGUGACUUCGAGCGGCACGGGAAGAGCAGCGAAUCCCAUCGCGAGCGCCACGAGCGUCGCAGGGCCAGCCCCCGCGGGCGGAGCUACAGCAGGAGCAGGAGCAGGAGUGGCAGCCGAGGAAAGAGCAGGGACCGGGAGCACAGAGGGGGCCGAGAGUUCAAGUCAAAGUUUGAGGUGGAGAGAAAAGACACAAACAGCUACAACGCUUCUGUUAUACCCGGCUCUCAGCCGCRGCCGCCGCCGCCGCAGCACCCACCGCUUCUCCUGCCCCUUCCCACAGCUCCACACCCGUUCCCCCCGUCCUCGUCCAGUGGAGUCUCUGGAGCUGGAGGGGUUCCUGUGGCGACACCCGCUCACCUGCCCGACAGCACUACCGACAGCUGGUCGAGCUACUUCGGCGCUCAGAGGCAAGAUGGCGUCGGCAAGCCCUUCAGCAACAAGAGCGUCUCCCUGAAGCAGCGCUGCAGGGAUUACGACGAGAAAGGAUUUUGUGUCCGCGGCGACCUUUGUCCUUUCGACCAUGGCAAUGAUCCCCUCAUCGUCGAUGACGUCAACCUCCCGAAUAUAAUUCCGUUCCCACCCCCUCCUGUAAUGCCUCCCGCCAGGUUACCCAUGCCUCCGAUCACCGAGCCGCCCCCGUCCCUCAGGAUUCCAUCCAUGCCACCCUAUGGCCAGCCACCGCCACCAGGCGUCUUCCCAAUGACAGGACCCCCACUGAUAGCAACCAGUGGGAUCGAUACCCCCAACCACCAAUCCACAAUCACUUCUUCUCCUCCUCUCGGACCACCAGGCGUGGGGUUGCCYCCUACUCUUCCYCCUCCUCCUCCUCCUCCUCCUCCUCCUCAGCCUCCUUCUUCAUCCUCAUCUGUGUCUCUUCGCCCUCAAUAUGUCCAGUCUGAAUACCCAGCUUUACCAACCAAGAUAAGAUGAGUGUUUUUCCAAAGAGAAAUCACUACGUGAACACCAAGCUGGAGGUGCGCAAGAUCCCACGGGACCUCAACAACAUCACCAAACUCAACGAGCACUUCAGCAAGUUUGGAACCAURGUCAACAUACAGGUUGUGUUUGGUGGCGACCCAGAGGCGGCAUUGAUCCAGUACACGAAYAACGAGGAAGCCAGACGGGCUAUAUCCAGCAUCGAGGCCGUCCUCAACAACCGCUUCAUCCGCGUGCACUGGCACCGCGAGCUCAGCACCACCACCACAGGUCCUCCGGAGCAGAGCUCAGGGGUCCAGCUGGCCGGGUUGGCCCCCAACCAGGGACUGCAGCACGGCAACAUGCAUAAGGGGAUCAAGCAGCACAAUCCAGCCGCCUACGUGUUGAACAAGACUGUACCCAAACAUCACCUAAAUACAACAAAGACAGAUGCACUGAAUCCAAACUCAGACGCAGUUAAUGUGGCGCCUAACACCCAGAAGAUCCCUUACUCUUCCACAGCCCACAAGUCCUCCUCGAAGAGCCUUGGGAAAACAGGAAAAGCACUGGAAGCUCAGGAAGCUUUAAAGAAGAAGCAGGAGGCAUUAAAACUCCAACAGGACAUGAGGAAGAAGAAGCAAGAGAUGCUGAAGGCACAAAUCGAGUGUCAGAAGGUACUGAUCAACCGUCUUGAGAAGAAUCGCAGUAUGAAGCCUGAGGAGAGGGCCAACAUCAUGAAAACCCUGAAGGAGCUAACAGAGAAGAUCACCCAGCUGCAGAAUGAAAUGAACCCUGCCCCGCAGGCCCCCAGUGGUAAAACCAGCCACAGCCAGCCCAAAACCAAGACUGAUGCUCAGAAGGAGUUGCUUGACGCUGAGCUCGACUUUCACAAGAAGAUGAGCUCUGGAGAGGACACAACAGACCUCAAGAGGAAACUGGGGCAGCUGCAAGUAGAGGCGACACGGCUGGGUCUGAUUCGACCUCCGGCUGGACGAGGCCGAGGCCGGGGGAAAAUGGCACCGGAAUCCGGCGCGAUACACGGGGGCCGAGGCAGGAGCCGAAGCCGGGAAAUGGGGUCCCGUGGUGGGCUUGUGAACCGAAUGGUGGUGGACCACAGACCCAGAGCCCUCGCUAUUUUAGGAGUCACGCAGGAAGAGAAGGAAGAACUAAUGCCACAUUUUGUGAAAUUUGGUGAAAUCGAAGAACUUCGUGACCAAGAUGCCAACAGCGUCAUCAUGACCUUUAAAACACGAAGUGAAGCAGAGAAUGCAGCCAAUCAGGGAGCUAAGUUCAAAGGUCGUGUUCUGCAGAUAUCCUGGUACAAGCCCAAGACGGCCUCUGUUACAACUGAGCCAGAGGAGGAAGUCACUAAAGACGAGGACAAUACGAAGGAAGCGAGCUCAUAUUUGCCAGGAGAGGAGGAGCGGGGAGAGGACGAGGAAGAGGAGGAGGACGAUGAUGAGGA